GUGUACAUGUUUUGGUGUGGAGAACAACACGGGGCAGGGCUUUCAAAUAUUUUCGCAGAACAUAUAAGCAUCAACUUCGAUAUAAAAGUUUGUUCAAUUGAGGAUUAAUUAAAACAGGUGUACUUAUCAUGUUCACGGUCUGAACGAGCGCAUAUAGAGAAUAUGAGAUUGUGUACACUGUUAUCCCUGGUGGGCCUUGUGGCGCCCAGUCUGGCGCUGAUGUUGGAACAGGAGACAUGUGACGCUGGGCGAAUGAUGGUGGACCACAACGUUGCAGCAGCAGACGUGGUUCUGGGAGGAAUUUUCGACAUCCGAGGCUUGGGCUCGGACGGCUAUGGUUGCGGAGAGCCAUUGGAUGAGGAGAUAAUGAUGUUUGAAGCAGCACGCUGGACCAUUAAUAAGAUAAAUGCAGACAACUUUGUCAAUGGUGUUCGCUUUGGAAUGCGUUCUUACGAUACAUGCCACCAGCCUUUCCGUGCAGCUGCGGCCGCCAACAAUUUCUACUCUCAGUAUUCCACAUCAACCAUGUAUUGUAAUACAACCAACAAACUCAACCUUGGUAUCGUUGGUGCACUGAAGAGUUUUACUACAAAGCCUGUAGCAGAGUUGACCUCCAAGUUCCCCGCAUCUGUCAUCUCCCCGAUGGCCGCCUCGCCAGAACUCAGCGACAAGUCCCAGUACCCAUACUUCAUGAGGACGGGCAUCUCUGCUUCAGAGCAGAUCAAGGCAAUGAUGAAAGGGAUGGCUUUGAUGAACUGGGAGCGUGUGGUUGUCGUUUAUUCGGACGACUCAUAUGGACUAGACUCGGCCCAGGAAUUCAUUCGUCUGAGUCAGGAAAAUGAUGUGUGCGUUGUGGAGACAAUCGCUGUACCAACCAACCCCAACCUUGCCACGUAUAUGGAGAGGAUAAAGGACAUUGGAAACUAUGAUGUCAUUGGCGUUGUUUUCUUUGGUGCAAAUGAUGCUUCAAUGGAAAUUCUAGAGGCAGCACAAAGCACAGCUGGAGGUCAGAGGCUCCAGUGGAUGUUCAGCUACCUAGACUUGAACCGCCAGUUUCUCACAAACCGCCUGCGGGGCGCCAUCUCUGUGCAGCCAGUAUACACUGAGGUCAGCGAGUUCUACAACUACUUCACAACCCAGCUCAAUGAGAACAACCCCAUCCCUGAGAAUCCCUGGUACAGAGACUGGUUCAUGAGCACAUUCCAGUGCCAACUGCGUGAUGUGAAUUAUGCCCCAUAUAGUAGCUACUCUGACUGUGACCCCAAAACUCAGAGCCAGAAGAAAGCUGCCAUAAACAUGCGUAACCCUUUUGUUGACCCCACUAUCACGGCCGUGUAUGCGUUUGCAAGUGCCCUUAAGACGGCACACCAAGAGAUGUGUGGCACGGCCCCUGGGGUCUGCCUUGGUCUUCAACAGAUGUCCGCGGAAGUCUUCCACAACAGAUACCUGAAGAACGUUAACCUGAAUCUGAAUGAUGUCUCGAUCGCGAGCUUUGCAGGGAAGUUUGUGAAGUUCGAUGCCAAUGGCGAUUUCUACACCGCUGGUCAUAAUUACUGGAACUACAAUAAUCAGCCUACCGGUGCAUUCGACUUUAAAAAUGUUGGCAGCUUUGUUGACAACAUUCUUAAUCUUGAACCCAGCAAUGUGUACAUGUACGAUGACAGUAGAUUGUCUAUCCUACCGCAGCUGCCAACAUCACCCUGCCCAUCCAGUGGCUGUAAAAACUGCCUGGUGCCACGUAAUAUGGUCGACUUUAACUUCCGUAGUGGAGACAUUGUUUUGGCUGGGCUGUUUGAUAUCCAUGCUGUCGGCUCGGAAGUCUUCACAUGUGGAUCAUUGAAACCUAGUCAUGCUAUAAAUGCUGCUGCAUUCAAGUUUGCACUAGAAAAUGUUAAAUCUUUGUUUCCAGGCAUUCUCCCAGGAGUUCAGUUAGGAUCCUUGAUAGUUGAUUUAUGUGAUAAUGCUGAAAAAGGACGUCUGCUAAUGAAUGACCUUCUUGGAGGACGUAGAGUGGUGGCUGACAAGACUGGGAAAGUGGUAGACCCCAACCUUGUCAGCAGUGUUGUUGGUGAGCUGGAUUCCGGUGAAGCCAUGUCCAUGGCAACAAUGCUCGGCCAUUUUGGAAUGCCCUACAUGGAGUCUUCAGCUACCAGUGUACAAUUGAGCAACAAGGAAAUGUUCCCAACAUUCAGUCGCGCUGUGCCAUCAGACUAUCACCAGAUGCUGGCCAUUGUCCUCAUGCUGAAAAGAAUGGGCUGGAACUAUGUCCAGGUAGUCUACCAGGCCAGUGAAUAUGGACGCACAGGAUACAAGAUCCUAAAGGAAGAAGGUGCAACAAGGGGAAUCUGUGUUGCAGAGGCCCAAGAACUGGAUGGAAAUCAUAAUGUAAUAGUUAACAACUUCAAUCAGAAGCCAGCGGCUCGCAUUGUUGUUGGGAUUGUGGAUUCCUAUGACUACCGCGAAAUGCUCAGAGCAAUGCAAGAUCAGAACCUUAAGGGCAAGUUUAUCUUGAUUGGUUCAGAAACCUGGGGACGCAGAUCCAGUGUUAUUGCUGGGUAUGAAUCAAUAGCUGAUGGAAGUGUAACACUUGAUAUUGAUGCCCCUGCAUUGAAUAAUUACAGGACCUGGCUUAAUAGCAAGCGACCCAAUGACCCUACUGUAAUGAAGGAUAUGCCCUUCUUUACUGAAUGGUACCAGUAUGCCUUCAGCUGCUAUCUGGAUGCUGAGAGCCGUGGUGUGUAUACAACAGAGUGCAACCCCAACCAACAGAUCACUAAUGCCCCACGUUAUGAGGAAACAACCUACACCUCAUUCUUCAUCUCUGCUACUUAUGCUGUUGCCAGGGCCCUUGAUACAACGCUCAGGGAUGUCUGUGGCACGAACUACAAUGGCCUCUGCUGGCAGUUCAGGAGCAAUGCUGAUGUGAAGCAGAAGAUCCAGAUGAACCUAGCCGACUCCCAAUUUGACUUCAAUGGCUACCCGUUCCGCAUGAAGGACAGUGAAGGGCUGGCCAACUACAACCUCUACAGCUUCACUGCUGGCCGCUACAUAAGGAUUGGUACCUACAACACCGCAAACAAAGAGUUAGAUAUGACCAUGUCUACACCUGUCUCUCUGCCAGACAACUUCUUCUCCCAAUGUAUGGGCUUCUGCAGUGAAUGUGUGUACCUGGUGCAGACCAGACCGUAUAUUAUCAUUCCUGGUGAUGACCUCAAGAUUGGUGUCAACUUUGCCAUCCAUAGUCCUGGCUCUGAUCCUUUCCUCUGUGGUGCUAUGCGCCUGACUAACGGCAUGCAAUCAUUUUUGGCUGUUUCUUAUGCUCUAGAUCAGGUGAAAUCUAGCCUUGCCCCAGUGUCAUUGAAUGAUGUUGAUGUUGGUGCAAUUAUGAUGGAUCAUUGCAACAGUCCAGCUCGUGCUUAUGGCCUGCCGUCUGCUCUCUACUCUGGUAUACUGGGCUCUAUGGGGGCUGACAUCAACCUCAACACGAUACGAGCAUGGCUCACAGACAACGCACUCGUUACUGAGGGAAUGAAGGACUUCUUUAGUGACUUAAAUCUACCUGUUAUCAGUCCGAUGGCCACAACCAACAAGUUCCUAAAUGAGGAGGAGUACCCUACUUUUAUUCGCACCGUCCAGGGUGACAGCACUGUUGCCUCUGCCUUGGCAAUGCUGGUCAAGUCUCUUGGCCUCCAAUAUGUCAGCAUUGUCUACUCUGCCAAUAGCUUUGGCAGAGCUGGUACUGAUGCCUUUGCAGAAAUUGCUAUGCAGGAAGGCAUUUGCGUGAUCAAGCACAUAGAAAUGAAUGGCCUCCAAAGUGAUGACAUGAUAUUGGAAGAGCUGACUGGCCUUUCCACGCAUGUUGUAAUAACUUACCUAAGCCUUGAGGAUAUGGACAAGUUCUUGUCAGCAAGAGGUCGCAAUGUGAAUGCAACCAACCUUCUGAUUAUCUCACCAGAGCCAUAUCCUAUGGUUUUAAGCAAGCAGGGACCAGCAGCUAGAAAUGUUCUGUCAUUAAAGAUGAGAUCCAAUACGCUAACUAGCUUUCAAGACUUUGUGAGAUCUUUUUCCAUAGAGCAGUUGGCUGAUCAUCCAACACUUCGCCAGUACUACAUGGCCCUAUUUCAGUGUAACCUGCCAGGGGAAUACAGCUAUCAGCGAGACUGUACACCAUCACUUGACAACAUUGUGGACAGUCCUGACUUUCAUGAAGACAACUAUAUUCUCCCGAUAAUCAACGCGGUCUACACAUAUAUCGCUGCGACAGAUGAGACACUGAAGAUCCAGUGUGGGGAGAAUUACAGUGGCGUGUGUGCCAAAUUUUAUACUGACCCGAACACAAACACGAUCCUAUACAGCAAACUGACUGAUGUUAGUUUCCAGGACGACAGUGGGUCCACGUUCCAGUACAUUGGCAAGGAAGGAAACACGGGGCGCGAGAUCACCCUGUUUGAUGGUUCAACAAUGACUAAGGUUGCUGACUUUGCUGGAGCCUCAAUUAACAUUCUGAGCCGAAACCUGGUUCAGCUUUUUGAUAACACUAGGUCUGGCUGUAACCCACCCUGCACACAGUGCAUCAACAACAACAUGAACUUCACAUAUAUCCCUGGAGAUAUCUUGCUUGGAGGUAUUUUUGAUGUUCACGAGGCUGACCUGCGAGCAUUCUCUUGUGGUGACAUCAACACACUCCGGGGGUUCCAGCUCCUUGAAGCCUUCCAUUAUGCCAUCAACAAGGUGAAUGACAAGUCUGGCCAGUUUGCUAACAUCCUGAAGAACAUCAAGCUUGGUGGUAUUGGCCUUGACGCCUGCCAGAGUGCAGUCAGGGGAGGCUAUCUUGUAUCUAAUAUAUACAGCGGCCUUACAGAACUGUUUAGAGAUGACGAGUUCAUUGAUCCUGACAAGAUUGAUGCUUACAUUGGCACAUAUUCUAGCGAUCGCUCAAUUCACCUCGCGAGACUCCUGAAGUCUCUCAACAUGCCUCAGAUCAGCUUUGGUUCUACAAGUGUUACCCUGACAGAUGAAAAUCGCUAUCCAUUCUUCCUGAGGACAGUUCCCGCUGAUGACAGACAGGUGACUGGCAUGAUCAAGUUUCUGCGCGAGUUUGAUAUCCGAUAUGUGCAGGUUGUGCAUUCUGCUGACAAUUAUGGAGAACAAGGUGCUGAGAUUUUCAAGCAAGUUGCAGCUGACAAUAGAAUCUGCAUUGCCCAGACGAUUUCUUUCCCUUACAAGAAGGCCACCACCAUUGAAAACGCCAACGAUAUUGUUCUUUCCCUUCUGCAGAAGCCUGUGGCCAACACAGUGGUCAUUUUUGCAGACAGCUCACAGAUCAAUUCACUCCUGCAGGCUAUUAAACGUAGCCCCGAGGCCUACGGAAAAUUCAAAUUUGUUGGUUCAGAUACAUGGGCCAAUAAUGUUGAAUCCACAGAUGGACAAGAAGAUAUUGCCGUCGGCUCAGUCACAUUUGACCUUGACAUCAAUGACUUGGCUGAAUUUGACCAGUACCUUGCUACAAAGACUCCUGCUAACUAUCCAGACAACCCCUGGUUUCCUGAAUACUAUGAGGCUAUCCACAACUGCUACCUUACAAUCCCUGACAAAAGGUACCCCACACGUUGUUCAGCAACACCUAGAAACAUUGUCAGCUCACAGAGGUACAAACAAGACACAGGCAUUAUCCAUGUGAUCAAUGCUGUGUUUGCAGCAGCUUACGGUCUGGAUUCAGCCCUGCGGGAGGAAUGUGGAGAAAACUACACAACAGUCUGCGAGGUUUUUAAGAACAGGGACAAGCGCCGUAUGUAUGUACUUGACAAGAUAAGGGAGGUGGAGUUUGAAGACCUUUCUGGAAGCCCCUUCAGCUUCUACCCACGCGGGGAUGCGAAAAAGGGCUAUGUCAUCUACUCUCUAGACACAUCCCCACAGACAGGAUACGCUUACAACAGGAUUGGUUCAUACUCGAGCGAGGGCGAGUUGGUCGUUUCAGAUUACCAGCCUUCCUGGGAUGGCAGCUGUAACCGAGCAGACUCUUGCACAGAGUGCCCUGUCUACAGAAACCUCUUCACAAGGUACAUGUUGCCAGUCUACCCUGUCAUGAGUACAAACCCGAACCCUGCAACGCUAGUUAUGACACUAGCCAUACACAACUAUGGUUCCGACCCGUACCACUGUGGCCCUAUGGACAUGACCCAGAUGAUCAAUGCUCUAGCUGUCGUGUACAUGCUCGAAGGUCGUGUGAACAUGCGGCCACUAAUCCUUGACAACUGUGGUAACCAGAUCAGAAUUGACCAAGAUCUCAUAAACUUGUUAUCUCGGGGAGAGCUGUGUAAUGAGAACUUUGACUGGCGGGGAAGUAAAAUCGAUGCCUCCACUAUCAUGGGAGUAAUGACAAUGGGUUCAACUAUGGUCGUUGGAGCCAAUCGUGUCACUGCUCCACUUCAGAUCCAGCUUCUUGGGAUUGAUUCUUCUUCAACCCAGCUCAGCAAUCGGGAAUCAUUUCCAUACUUUGCUCGGAUGGUUCCUCCAGAUAAUUUGCAAAUGGAAGUCAUUGCCAAGAUUUUGAAACAAAAUGACUGGACCUAUGUCGGAGUCAUUUACGAGGCGGGAAGCUAUGGGGUCAAUGCCUACCGAGCACUUCAAGCUAUUGUUAAUAGUGGUAAAUACUCAUGUAUUGGUGUCGCAGCUGUUGUUAACAAUCAUGAUUCAGUAGAGGAGGUGCGUCCAGCAGUAAGAAGAAUUGCAGAAGAAGAGGGUGUCAAUGUUGUUGUUAUUCUUACUCUUAAACCAUCAACUGUAUUACAGGCCAUUGCUGCCGAAGGGUUGUAUGAAAGAUUCCUGGUGAUUGGAUCUGACACCUGGGCAAACUAUGAUACAGUUGUAGAUCCCUUAGAAACAGAUGAUAACAUGAACUUUAGAGGCGCAAUAACAGUUGGUUUUAGAGAUGCUUUCUUUGAGCCAUUUGUGAGUUGGCUAUCAGGAAUCAACAGUGACAACAAGAAGGGAAUGCCUGAUGUCUGGUUUGACGAGUUUUACCAGCACAUUCAUGAAUGUCGCCUUCCUGGAGCCAUUAUACAAACUAAUUAUGAAGAGAAUUGCUUAUCUGCCAAUAUUAACCGAAUUCCUGAUGGAAAGCUGCGAAGCUAUGGUGUAGGAAUAAAAACAUUGGCUGCUACAAAGCUCCUUUCUGAUGGACUUACCGCUUUCUUACGUGAAUACAGCUGCAAUGAUAUAGAAUUCUCUGAAUGUCUAGCUACAAGACCUAAUGCCAGGGUCAAGGUUUUUGAAAGCACCCUUGAACAGGAUUGGACAAUAUCACGAACUGAUGUCCAGCCUAAGGGAGAGUUUAUCCCUGAACUCGGAGAUGACCGCUACUACGAUAGUGGAUACUCUAUAUAUGCAUUGUUUGUCAAUGAAACGCUGCCAGCAAACGAAAGGACCUACUACUAUGAAAGAAUUGGGGAUCAGACUCGCACUGGGUUCAGGUUCAAUGCCACCCAGUAUGCAUACCAGGGUCGUCCAGGGGUUGUCUCAAAAUGCCCAGAGGGAAAGACCUGUAACUGUGUUGUGGAUGAUAAGCCAACAACAGAAGAACAGGUGCAGCCAAAGUACAUGCGUGAUCAUGAACCGAGGAACUACUUUAUGUAUGAUGCAGACACGGGUAAGCAAGUUCUCACAUGGCCGAUUUGGGCGGUUGCCGUUUCCGUGCUCACCUGCAUCGGUCUCCUGGUGGGAAUCAUCCUAUUUUUCUUCUUCAUGAUAUUCUACCCGGUACGAGGUGGUACCACUGCCCUGGGCUUCCUAAUGAUGCUGGGAAUAUUUGGCAUCUACGCCAUCAACUUUGCCUUCUUCCUGCCAGCAUCAGAAGCAACCUGUGGUGCCAGAGAAUUCCUCAUGGGGGUCGUGUAUGCAUUUGCUAUUUGUCCACUACUGGUUAAAGCUAUAGACAACUGGCGAUUCAAGGACACUGAAUACAGCUCUGACCGCUAUGUGGGACUAACGAAUCCAUGUGCUUUAGUGCUUAUAGCACUGGGAAUAAUAUUGGUACAAUGUAUUAUACCAAUUGAAUGGCUGAUACUGCAGCCACCAUCAGCUAGUAUGAUGACCGACACGACAGCGCAGAAUGACUGGAUGUGGUGCGAUCCCCAUGACUUCUACGACAUCUCGCUGGUGCUGUCCAUGGUGUUUGUCAUAUUCCUCAUUCUGCUGACAGCCAUCUUCUCUGCGCUGUCAUGGGACAGUGACAGCAACUACUUUGAGUCGCGGUGGAUAUUUGUCUCGUGUGUGUGCACCGCAGGCUGCUUCUUGGUGUGGAUGGUUGUUAGUACCAAUGCGGGCCCACCAUACCGUGACCCUGCUGUGGCCAUUGCCAACUUUGUUAAUGCGACAGCUCUCCUGCUGUGCAACCCGUUCAGGAAGUUGAUUCUGCUGAUCCGGUUCUCAUCAGAGGAGGAGAAGGCCAAGAGCCUCCCAGCGGAUGAUGCUACUGAGCUGUACUCGACCGUGUACACAAACCAGAUGUACCAGCAGGAUGUGUUCCAGCCAGACUCCAAGCAAAACUCAGAACAUGACUACUAAACAACUAUUUGCUAAGGUGGACCGGUUAGAUCUGACUCUGCAAGAAUCACUUCAGCUACUGAAGUACUACUUCUGGGAUCGAGAGUUUUAAUGCUGUUGAAGGGAUUGAGUGUUGAAUCUAAGACUUCUUGGAUAGGGAGUUUCAACGCUGUUGAAUGGAUUCAGUGUUGAAGCUGAGACUACCGGUCUUACUCUUUAAACUGAGAUUGAGUUCAUUGUUGCCCAAUAAGUUAAUUCUCAAAAACCAAAAGAAUUGUUGUAAUUGUUAUUUUGCAUGGUUUUGUAAAUUAGACGAGUGUUUUAUGUAUAUAAUGAAUGAUUUAUAUCAGCUUGUUUUGGUUGUGAUUGAAUUGAACAAAGAUUUGUGAAUAAGCAAAAUAUUUGAAAGUAAAUAGAAUCAUACAUGUAUGUGUACAUGUGCAUAAUAAUACAUGUAUAUAGUGCAUAAUAAUCAGUCACAAAUUAUUUGAAUGUCAAUUUUUUUAUUUGAAUAAGCUAGGGCUCUGUUUCUCAUUACUAAGAUGUACUUCUCUGUUAUUCAUUUCUAAGAUUUAGGGCUCUGAUAUUCAUAUCUAAGAUUUAGGGCUUUGGUAUUCAUUUCAAAGAUGUAGGGCUCUAUUACUCAUUUCUAAGAUAGAUGCAGGGCUCUGAUAUGCAUUUCUAAGGUAUAUGGCUCUAUUACUCAUUUCUAGCAUGUAGAGCUCUGUUACUCAUUUCCAAGAUUUUCUGGUAUUAAUGGACUGACGAAAUCACCAUGUCAAUUGAUAAUGGUGUCUGCAUGUAGCGCAAUGUCAGAUGCAUAAGAACACCGUGCUGAUUCUGAGAAACCGAGCCCAAAUGGAGACAAAUGUCCCUUUUAAAUUGAAGUGUGUCUGAAGCAAGGAUGUCGAGAUGUAUAUGUGAGAGUAAAUGAAAUGUGUUUGUGUCAUAAAUGGGCCUGUUAACUUACAUUCCAGUUACUUGAGGCUAAGCCCUUUGCAUAGUGCUUUUGAAUUGUAUAAAACUUAUGCUAGCUUUGUAGUCUACAAGAGAUGUAUUUAGAUGUCUCUAAAUGUGUAUAUUUUGUUAAAGAGAUUUGUGAAUAAAUCAUUAUUUUUAUAUUAUUAUGCAAUUUAGCACAAAAAUGAGAAUAAAUCAUUCGUGUAUAUUGAA